UCACGUCCUUUCCCAUUUAUUCAAAAAACAGUAUCGAAGCUUUUGCUGAAGAGUGCAAACUCCAGUGUAUUCGUGUUCGUACGGAGGAGCAUGGACGGUGGCGCACAUUGCAAUCGUCGAACCGUGGAGGAAGUUUUCAGAGAUUUCAAAGGCCGCUACUCUGGUUUGAUCAAAGCUCUAACCAUCGACGUCGAAGAAUUUUAUCAAAGGUGCGAUCCUGAGAAGGAAAAUCUUUGUCUUUAUGGAUUUCCUAGCGAGCAGUGGGAUGUUAGUUUACCUGCUGAGGUGGUGCCUCCUGAGAUUCCAGAGCCUGCUUUAGGAAUAAACUUUGCCAGGGAUGGCAUGCAAGAAAAGGACUGGUUGGCUCUUGUUGCUGUCAAUGGUGAUGCAUGGUUACUCUCUGUUGCCUUCUAUUUUGGAGCCAGAUUUGGUUUUGACAAGGCUGACAGGAAACGCUUGUUCGAUAUGAUAAAUGAUCUCCCAACAAUAUUUGAGGUUGUGACAGGAGCUGCAAAGAAGAAAGUAACUGAAAAAUCAUCUGUUUCAAACCAUGGUAGCACCAAAUCCAAGUCCAAUUUAAAAAGGGGAAAACCCUCCAAGUUCGAAGAAAAUGAUGAGAAUGAGGAACUUGAUGAAGAAGAAGAGCAUGGUGAAACGUUGUGUGGAGCAUGUGGAGAAAACUAUUCCUCAGAUGAAUUUUGGAUCUGCUGUGACAUGUGCGAGAGAUGGUUCCACGGCAAUUGUGUUAAGAUAACCCCUGCCAGAGCUGAGCACAUCAAGCAGUACAAAUGUCCAUUAUGUAGCUCAAAAAGAGCACCACGCCCUUGAGAUCUACACCUUCUAAGGUGCUUGGUUUGCCUUUUCUCUAUAGGUCUCUUCAUUGACACUGCUAACUGCCUACUUUGUCCUAAUCCGUCUCCAGGAAAACAACUGUGUUAAGAAAACUGGUUCUCACUUUUGCUAUAUGAAUAAUUAGCUAAUCUUGUUUAUCUUCUUUCAAUUCUUAGCCUUUGGAUGUUGAGAUUUUAGUCUUGCAAGGAGGAUAUGCAUCUUGAUGUUGUCAAUGUUAUUUUAUCCCGUUUAUCGCGCA